AUGUGGAUGCUGGCCAAGAUCAAGACGCUGCGCGUGAGCCUCAUCAGCGGCGACGUGCACCUGGCCACCACGGGGCGCCUGUACUCCUACCCCAAGCGCGAUGACCUGGCGCGCGACUUCAGGUUCAUGCCGCAGAUCGUAUCGAGUGCCAUCGCCAACCCCCCGCCCCCCGACGGCCUGGUGGGUGUGCUGCACCUGCUGGGCAGGGCGGGGUUCACCAACAAGUACACCAGGAACAAGAUGUGCAAGCUCUUCGAUGCUGAAGGCAAGCACCGCCUCCUCAACCGCCGCAACUGGUGCGAGGUCUGGGAGCUUGACGCCCAGGGCGACUCCGCAGUGGGGCCGCUGCAGCCCGGCCAGCCGGCGCUGCCGGGGGCGCUGGUCUUCUCGCUGCGCGUCGAGACCUUUGAUCCCAAGAAGGGUCAAACUGCGGACGACGCGGAGAUCCUGGAGUACCAGACUGUGGCGCCGCCGCUGGAGAAGCCGGCCGUGGCUGCAGGGCUGCAGCACGGCAAGGCCGCCCACCCCACGGAUCUGUACGGCCGCAAGGAGUGGCGCAACCGCUUCAAGCAGGCCGCUGGCGCCAAGCAAGAGCCCGCGCCGGCCCUGCGGGCCCAGUCGCUCCAGGGCCGCAGGCCGCCGAAGCGGCUGCACCACGCCCGCAACAAGAAGCAGCUCGCGGCGCUGGCGCAGCAGCGGCAGGCGGAGCGGCGGCAGAGGGGGGAGGGGGCGGCGGCGGAGGCGCCGCUGGGCGGCGCAUCAGCCCUGGAAGCCGUGGAGGUGGCGCAGCUAUCCAAGUGA